AAAAGGUUAAUUCAUUUCAUCAUAACAGGCGAUGGUGUUGGUGGCCACUUUGUUUGCGUUGAGCAAGAUUUCUUCAAACCGGUAUACCUGAAAACAAAAAUAAAGGUAGAUUUGAAGAAUAUAUUAGACUAACGGGUUCCUGAUCGAAGGAUUUUGGAAAAAAUUAAUUUAAAACAAAGUGACGUACAUUUAAAGUUGAAGUUCUAUUUUCAUUAUAAAAUUAAGUGAUUAAAUAGAGAAUAAAAAGAAAAGUAUAUAAGAAAAUAAAAAAUCCUUCGAUCAGGGACCCCGUUAGUCUAAUAUAUUUCCUAAAUCUACCUUUAGUUUUGUUUUCAGGUGCACCAGUUUAAUGUAAUCUUGCCCACCACAAACCAAGUAGCCACCCACGCCAUCGCCUGUUAUGACGAAAUGUAUUAACCUUUUUUUUUUUUAAAAUAAAAAUUCUUUUAUAGUUCUUUAAGACGUACUUUGUAAUAUAUUUACAUUUCAUUCAUAAAAAUUAUUAUUUAAAACCUUAAAAAAAAAACCACACAAGAAAGUGUCCGUUUUCAUUUUCCUGACCGCGACUAACCCCUUAAUUAAAUUCUAAUCAGCAAGUAAUACAUUCGGAUCUGGUUCUAUUAUUGAAACGUAACAUAGAACUACCUUUGACGCCGAAACAGCAAAGUAUACUGUAGCAUAUUUGCCACGCCCGUCUUCAAAGGGUCACUUUACGUUUAUUUUGAUCUAGUUUAAUUGCCCUAUCAAGUCCUUUAUCUGAUAGAUUUCUCGAAAUCAGUAUCUGUCACGAUGUAGCACGCCCAAGUAAAUGCCUACUUUAAAUUUGCUACACCGUUGUAUUCGUAUAGAUGACUAUACUGCCGCCGGUCGAUAAACAGCGAAACGCGGAACUGGAAAGCAUUGAGUUAAAGGAACGUGGACCACUUGUAUCUCAGUACAGUAAUGCAGUAGUUCGAGAAGAAUAUUUUUGGUCUUGAUCUAUCUAGUCGAUUACAACAGUAGCUGAUUUAUCGCGUUUGGGUGUCGUCGAUCACGUACCGCAUAUUAAACACCGUUUCUAAUGAACUUCCUUGUACGCAACAUCGAAGAUUCCAAAGUGCAAGCGAACUGGUGCGAAGGACGAAAGUGUGAAAGCGUACACUCACCGCUACUUGCGCAGAGAAACAUAUCUUUUCGCUGUUCCCAGUGCGUUCGGAAGAAUCCAGUCACUCCAAUUACAUUCUAAAGAAAACUCGGAUCAACUGAUCGUAGAGCCAAGGAAUGUUCUGGAGUUGACUAAUUGACAACCACGACGUAUCUGCAACUUCUGUUUCCACGAAGAAUUUUAUGACAAAUAGGAAAGGGAACAUUAGAAGACUGUUGGAAUAGCAACGGAAUUUUUUUUUUCUUUAUCAUGGAAACAUGUGAAUUCUCGUAUCAAGUUUCUCUACGAUAAAUCUCACGUCUUGAACGAUCUAAAUCGGUCCUCGUGACCAAAUUCUAGGAUCGGGCGUGAAUAAUAGCUGUUCGAUCGUAAACCGACACGAUCAUCGAAUUCGUCCAAUGACAGUUAAAAGUGCGACCUUCCAAAGUUUUCGAAUUGGUCCUUUGUCGCGUGUGUGUCAAUAAUUAAUGUCUUUUCUGUACGUGUUCUAAACUGUCCGCCGAAAAACCUGCAACCUUUUGGAUAUUUCAUCGGCUAUGGUUGUAGCCAAUAGUGGGAGGGUACAAAAUGCCAGUUUUCCUGCCAGUCAGAAUAAUUCCAACCUGAAUGUAAACACUGUGCAGAACAACAAAAUGACAGCCAAAGGUGUCUUAAUAUGUCGUGACAAUUCUCAUCCUUUUCAAGAUCGUACAUUGACAUUAGAACAAUCUGUUAAAAUCGGUCGUUCUGUGGCAAGGGCUAGAGCAGCUCAGAAUAAUGCAAUCUUUGAUUGCAAAGUAUUAUCCAGGAACCAUGCGUUGCUAUGGUAUUCUGGAGGAAAGUUUUACUUGCAAGACACGCGUAGUAGUAACGGAACAUUUGUUAAUAAUCAGAGACUCAGUGCUGCUGGGGUAGAAUCAACACCUAAAGAGGUAUGUUCGGGUGACAUAGUGCAAUUUGGAGUAGACGUGAUAGAAAAUACAAAGAAAGUUACGCACGGAUGUAUAGUCGCAACAUUAAAAUUAUAUUUGCCAGAUGGGAAGGAGGCUAAAGCUAGUGUUAGUACAUCAGUCGCAUCGUCGAAUAUUUCUUAUGAGGAUUUGUAUAUGUUGAAUCAGGUUAUACAAGAGGCUACAAAGCGCGAGAAAGCACUUUACUCAAAGUUAGGAUAUCUUCAACAACUUGUAUCAAAUACCCGCAAAGCUGCCAAUGAAUCAUGGAAAGCAUUAAUAGCAGAGGAUCAAUUGCUAUCUUGGGUGGAAACAAUUGAAAGCCAAUUGGCUGUUUAUUCCAAAAAUUAUACAGAAGAUAAAAUCAGAAAUGAAUUAAUACAACUUCAAGAAGAAAAGGCAGAAUACCAAAAUGCAGCAAAGGAGGCACUACAAAAAGUAUUACAGGAAAAACUUGAAAUAUCUCAGAGGUUAGUUCAGUUGGAAGGGCGGUUGAGCGAAACAGAAGAAGAAUGUCAAAGUCUUCACAAUGUAGCAAAGUAUACUCAAACAGAACUUCAAGAAUUGAGCAGUAAAUUUACUAAACUUACAGAAAGCGAAGAAGAAAUGAAAGAUAUGGUACAACACAUAGAACAAGAAAAACAGGAACUUUUGAAGAAACUUGAAGAUCGUUUUAAAAUUGAGAACCAUCUACAUGUAAAAUUACGCAAUUUCCAACGAAAUUCUCUUAAUGUCUAUAAAUUGGUUACUGCCUUGAAAAAUAAAAUGCAGAUCUUGCAAGAUACGAAUUCAAAGUUGGUAACAAGCGAAAUAAUGGACUCGAAAUAUGAAGGGAAUCCCAUCGAAGCUAUUAAUACUAUUCUUAAUACAAUGCAUUCUGUGUAUGCAAAUGAAAUGAUACUUGAUCCAGAGUCUAUUCGGUGUCAUAUGAACGACGAACAGGAUAAUCAAAUUAAUUUGCAAGAUAUCGAUUCAAAUCAAUUAAAAAAUUCUGAUAUUCCCUUUUCCAAAGAACAGUUGGACGAUUCGUUCAAUAAUGAUAAUAUAACAGAAUAUAUUUUACCACCGCCAUCUCGAAAAACUAUGGUUAAUGGAAAUGUAAAUAUAGAUAAUUCGGAUAUUAAUUCAGAAUCUGAAACUAAUUCAGAAGCAACAGAUGAUACAUGUAGUAUUACCAGCGACGAUACAAGCGAGAAAUCUGUUAUAGAAGUUAAAAAAGAAGAACCUGCAUACGAUGUAGUUGAACAAAUUUGCGCUCUACGCGAACUAGAAGUUCGAUUUGCACGCGAAGGACAAUUGCAAGUCGCUCGUCAUCCUCAAAUCACUCAAAAGGCAAAAGAUAGCGAAGAAACAGAAAUUAAUGUUGACAGUAUGAACAAUGCUAAGUCUUUGAUCGAACCUGAUUCUACAGAAGUUCAACAGCAUGAGAAGAAGGAUGAAACAGCCAAGGACAGCAAUCAAUUAGGCGAGGAAUGCGAAGAGAAACAUUUAGAAGGAGACUAUGUUAAAACAUUAAAACCGUUAUCUAAAAAUGAUACACAGCAAAAUCUACAUACAAGGGAAUACGUAUUGCAAACUUUAAUAGGAUCUUUGGAUUCUUUAAAAGUUGAAGACAACUUAGAAUCGCAGCAAGCAGUCAAAAAGGAGUUAGAAAAUCUCAAGGAUUGGUUAAUUUGUGAACCUCACGAAGAAGUUAUUGGAAAAUUAAAAGAAUUAUAUUAUUGUGCCAAGAAUGAAUCUCAAAGAACUCAAGAGCUUCACGAAGAGCUAGUUAUUUUAAAGGAAAAGUACAAUGUAUUCGUCGAAGAAAAGGCAGAACUGUCGAAAAAGUAUACAAGUCUUAAAGCACAAUGCGGUGAUCUGUUAAAUACAACCUAUGCUGUACCAAUUCAUUAUGUUGCACCCAUUGCAAUUAUAUUAGUAUGGAUGCUCUUAGAAAAAAUAUUUUAAUGUUUCUUUUUUGAUUUUUGUAUAUAACGUUUAUUAUUAAUUAAUAUUGUACUUUUGUUUUUUAUUGGUAGCAAUAUGAUAAAAAUACAAAGUUCUAAAACAUAGUUUAUUAAAAGAUAUCGAGUAAGCGAAAGAAAAGAUGGUGGUGUGUAGUUUCAACAGAAAUUCAAACAUUUUUAUAUGAACAAAAUAUAUUAAGAAUUGUAUAUAUUUUUCCCAUACUGUUGUUGAAACAUCGAUCACAGAAAUCUUCUCUAACAAAUCACAAAGGUAAAGCAGAGGUAUACACCAUGUUACCAUCUCAAACAAGGAACCAAAAUCAAAUUACAGCAGAAAUUUAUAGCAAUACAUAUGUACAUAGAACAAAAUUUUAGGCUAGGGAAAAUGUAUUAGAGGAAGUAUAGACAAUACCACGUAAAAUGUUCAACAUGCUGCCAAUCUUAAUAUCAUAUCUUAAAGUAUGGUAUUAAUCUAUAUUUACGAUAUUGCACACUUUACGUCGUUAUUCUUUGCAAUCAUUUCCAACACUGCACGUCCAACGACUCGAAUGUAUUAUUAUAUAAAUUACAACUAACAUUUGUAUGCAAAGAUCAAUUUUUAUAAAAAGCCCCUUUGAUGUGUCCAGUAUCUUCCUGAAUUUGUUUUAAGAUUAUAAAUACUCAAUAUUUAUUUUGUAGAUUGGGGAUCACUUAUAUUUUGACGACAUAAAUCGAUUAAUUUGGUUUCUUUAAUGUUUGUUUAAUAACAAUUGUUUUCAAAAUAAAUAAUACGAUGAGGUUAAAAAUGAAGUCGGAUUACCGUGCUCCGAUUAAUGUUUUUGUUUUUGGCGAUUCAACGUUGACAUCGGUUUAAUAAAAUGAUUUAUUUAAUGUUAGUAUUGAUCGAUUUGAACAUACUUGACGAUUGAACGAUUUGUACAUAUAAAGAUAAUUUGUUGAUAUAACGUUUGAUAUUCUAUACACUUUAUUAAUGAUUUCUCGAAAUCCUGUUUUGUUAUGUACGUGGCUUCUUCUCUUUAAUGGUAGCAUAAUAAUAGAAGCAUAUCCAUUCAAGCGACCUAAUAAACGUUAAGGAAAAGUAACGAUUCAUCUAUGCGAAAGUUUCGAGUAAAAUUGUCAUUGAAAAAUUGGUAUACAUAUUAGCGAUUCUGCAGAAAUGGCCUAGAUAUGUGUGUUUCGAAAAAUGAACUCUAGUUAUACUUUUCUAUUGAUUCUUUUUAUACGAAUGUAACUAAAAUUAUCCGUAUUUUCUUAAUUCUGACUAGUUUAGUUACAGUGCCAUUGCCCGAUCUAUUUCUGCCCUGUUCAAUGUAAUAAAUAUGAUCACAUGCGAAACCGAUAAAGUAUAUUCAAUUUUCCAAAAAAGAACAUUGGCCUGCCGCUUAUGGAUGUUACUUUCUUGGUAGAUUGAAAUUAUAUUAAGAUCGUGAAGGUUUAUAUAAAUAACUUAAUACUGUACAUAACUAUUGUUGGUAUAAUCUUACUACUCAUGUAAUAGUCAUUAUAUAAAAAAAAAUAAAAAUUAACUUAACUGAAAUUCUUUAUUAUAGUUUCUCUGAAAACCUGUGCUUAAAUAUGGUCGGGUUAAAAUCAACUGGCUAACGUUUCGCAUAAAGCACGUUCUCUCUGUGUUCCAAGCGUACAAGUUCUCUCUGACAUAAUUCACAAUCGGAUAAGAGGCCUUCAGCGCGUCAAUUAAUUUUAAUCCGACUGUAAUUGAUGCGUGAGUUUGUGAUGACGGUUUUUGAACAAUGGAAUUAUUUUUAAACGUUUAAGCAAAUGCUCCUGUAGGUUUGAAUGUAUUUUAUUGUACCUUUUACAUUAACAUAAAUUACUUCAUAUAGAAAUAAUGAAUGGAAUUAUUUUUAAACGUUUAAGCAAAUGCUCCUGCAGGUUUGAAUGUAUUUUAUUGUACCUUUUACAUUAACAUAAAUUACUUUAUAUAGAAGUAAUGAUAGAAAAAGUGACGACAGAAUUAUUUGCUUAUUCGUUGAUGGUAUACAGUGAAAAAAAGUUAAGUGUGAAAUUUGUUCUUGGCAUUUGCAAUAGUUUCCCAUUUAUAUAUUGUAUUUUAGAAUACUAAGGAGUAAGAGAAAGUGCGAGAUAAAAAAUGACAGACCAUAAGAGCGACUACAUGGAAUGUGUAACACUACUUUUUAUAAUAUUUAUCUCUGUUAUUUUCUGACUUUUUCUUAACGAUAAAUUCAGGAUAGCAAUAAAAAAAAUAAAAGAUGAUCUUUUUACUUCAAAUGUAAAUUUAUAUAUUUUAAUUGAUUGAAAAUAUUAUCACUUGGUAAUUAAACGCUUUAAUGGAUUCCUUUAUAUUGAAGCUGAAGAUAAAAUCAGUAUUUCGAUAUUUUUACAAAAUAAAAGAAUAAGUACAAAGUAUGUAUACGAAACUUAUCCAAGUAAUGGUAUAUGGUCUAAAUUUAUCAGUUUCUUUAAUUAUAGUUUUCCGUCUAAUAUGUUUCAUUAGUGAGUAAAAGUGCAUUAAAUUUAUUAAAUUUAUUGCGUUCUGUACUUCCAAUCAUUUUUCGUAGGAAGAACAUAAAAAAAAAACUACCGAUUAUUUAAAAAAAGAAUUUAUCGGAAGACAGAUUGGGAUGUAUAGUAACAUUAAGAAUAACAAAAAUCUAAGAAUUAAUCAAAUUAAUUAAACAAAGAGAUUGACGCGUAGAUUCAUCCCUGAAAAUCAUGAUCGUUACUUGUUUUUUGCAUUCUGUAUACGGUUUUUCCUUUACGUAACGUAAAAUACCUUGAUU